AUGAAGCUUCCCCCUCCACCGGCACAAGCAUUAAAUUCCUCAGAAUCUGAGGAAGAAUCGAAUAACCUGCCGGAGGAACGCCACCCCUUACCAUCCCCAAUGGCGGGAAGACUUAGGGGUCGCAAGGAACCUGCAAAGGAGGGGUCUUCCAAGCUCCUUCCCCUACGCCAAGGAGGGGGCCCAGGCAACCAAUUCCAAUACUGGCCCUUCUCGGCCUCAGACUUAUAUAACUGGAAGUCCCAUAACCCUUCCUUCUCACAGGACCCUAUAGCUUUGACCGCUCUGAUCGAGUCCAUUCUAAUCACGCAUCAACCCACUUGGGAUGAUUGCCAGCAGCUCUUGCAGACUCUUCUCACUACAGAGGAGAGACAAAAAGUUUAUCUGGAAGCCAGAAAAAAUGUUCCGGGAGACAAUGGAAGACCUACCCAGCUCCCGAAUGUGAUUGAUGCCUCCUUUCCCUUGACCCGUCCUGACUGGGAUUUCAAGGCUGAAGGUAGGACCCACCUAAGUCUUUAUCGCCAGUUACUCAUAGCAGGCCUCCAUAAUGCAGGACGCCGCCCUACCAAUUUGGCUCAGGUAAGACAGGUUACUCAGGGCUCCGAAGAAUCUCCAACCGCUUUCUUAGAGAGACUUAGAGAGGCUUAUCGUAGAUAUACCCCCUUCGAUCCUGAUAGCCAUGAACAGAGAGGAAAUGUGUCCAUGGCAUUCAUUUGGCAGUCAGCGCCAGACAUUAGACAUAAGUUACAGCGACUGGAGAAUUUACAAGAUUUCUCAUUACAAGAUUUGUUAAAGGAGGAGCCCCCCCCUGAGCCCAGGAUAACCCUAACAGUUGGGGGGCAACCAAUCACCUUUUUGGUAGAUACCGGGGCACAACAUUCUGUCUUAACCAAAACCCCAGGACCAUUAAGUAACCGGACGGCAUGGGUUCAAGGGGCCACCGGAGGAAAACAAUACCGUUGGACCACGGAAAGAAAAGUCCAUUUGGCCUCAGGUAAAGUUUCUCAUUCGUUCCUUCACGUACCUGACUGUCCCUAUCCACUCCUGGGGAGAGAUCUAUUGACUAAGCUAAAGGCCCAGAUUCAUUUCGAAUCAGAUGGACCCACAGUGACCGGCCCCAACGGGACUCCAUUGCAUAUACUCACUCUACAGUUAGAAGAGGAAUAUAGACUGCACAAAGCCCCCCCCCCACCUCAGAGGGACAUAAAACCCUGGCUCACAUCUUAUCCAAAUGCCUGGGCAGAAACAGGAGGAAUAGGACUAGCUGCCCAGCAGCCCCCCAUUCACAUACAGUUGAAGGCAACAGCCAUCCCUGUCAGUGUUAGACAAUAUCCUAUGUCUAACGAGGCCCACCAAGGCAUCAGACCACACAUACGGCGGCUACUAGACCAAGGCAUUUUAGCCCCAUGUCGGUCUCCCUGGAAUACUCCUCUACUACCUGUCAAGAAACCUGGUACAGAUGACUACCGACCAGUCCAGGACCUAAGAGAGGUCAAUAAACGAGUAGAAGACAUCCACCCUACCGUGCCUAACCCUUACAACCUACUUAGCACCUUGCCUCCGACCCACUCCUGGUAUACUGUCCUAGAUCUAAAGGACGCUUUCUUCUGUUUAAGACUAAGUCCCCAGAGUCAACCCAUUUUUGCAUUCGAGUGGAAGGACCCAGAAUUGGGAAUUUCAGGUCAGCUAACCUGGACAAGGCUACCACAAGGAUUUAAGAACAGCCCCACGUUAUUCGAUGAGGCCCUCCACCAGGACCUAGCCGAUUUCCGGGUAAGACACCCCUCCCUGAUCUUACUCCAAUAUGUCGAUGACAUCUUACUGGCAGCAACAAAUGAGGAGGACUGUCAAACAGGAUACCCCUUUCGUCUGGACUGA